AUGGAAAGUGUUAGAUAUAAGUUUCCGGCAAGGAAUGAUGAUUAUUCAAAAAAAUUAAAUCAAUUAAAAUAUUUUUUAUCGAAUAGUUAUGAACAAAUAUUACCACAACUAAAUCGUCUGAGUUUAAACAGCUCAACGGAAUUAAUAUCUAAAUCAUUACCACAUCUUCGUCAAUUGAAACUUGGUAAAUGUUUUGUGAAUGAACUUGAAACUAUUUUUCAAAAUUCACCACAACUUCAAUCACUUGAUAUUAGUUUUGAUAUGAAUGUAUUAAAUACCACCAUAAUCCUACCAUCCAAUCAACUCAUUUGGCUUAAUCUAGAAAUCAAAACAAGUAUUAAAGGUGAUAUUGCUGAUGGUAAUUUCUGGCAAGUAUUAGUUAGAUCCCUCAAAACAUUUUCUUUCCAGUUCUAUGUAUCACAUAUUGAUAUUCAAAAAACACUUGAUUCAUUUUCUACUUCAUUUUGGCUUGAAGAAAAACAUUGGUAUAUUGCUUAUCAGAAUGGAUACCUUUGUUCAUUACUUUAUUUCGCUCCCGUUCAUAUUGAUUCACGUAAUCUAUCACAAUUUCAUUCAACUGCACCCAAUAAUUCGCUCAUUUAUGAACAAUUAAAUAAAUUUACAGUAAAUUCAUUUCAUAUUAAUAAUAAUCAUUAUUUAGCUCAUAUAAAAACACUCGCACUCGAAUUAUCAAUAUCAUUGAAGAGACUUCAAUCAGUCAUUGAUUUGAAUCAAAUCGAACAUUUGAUUGUACCAUCAUUGGAUCAUUUAUUAGUAUUUAUACCACUCGAAUAUAACAUGCCUCAAUUGCAUGAAUUAACCAUAAAAAAUAGUGUGACAAUUGAUACAGUUGAUCGACUAAGUCAUUAUCAAUUUGAACGCAUUCGUACACUUCACAUACGCGUUAAUGAUGAAAAUAUCGAUUGUAUUAUUGAAGAAUUAUUUUAUCUGUUUCCUCAUAUAGCACAUUUGACGUUUACACCUCGUAUUAAAUCGUUAACAUUGAUGCUUCAUUUAUUGAAAGGAUUUAAAUAUUUAUCCAAUGCAUCGUUUUCUGCUGAUUGUUCAUUCUUUCGAAAAGAAGCGAAUUUUUGUCGAAAUCCCAAGUCUGUUAUUCAACACUUUCGACAACAUACAAAUGAUAAUAUUUCAUGCCGAGUUUAUUAUUUAAUUAAUACUCAAUUGCCGUUUUCAAUUCAUUGGAAUAUUGAAGAACAACCAUCGACUCGUUGGUCAAUGAUCAAUUGGCCAUGGAAACGAGGAUAUCGUUGGUAUCGAUGCAAACACACUUUAUUACAAUUUUUCAAUAGUAAUAUGACGUGGAUAAAAUAUUUGAUGCAAUUUUUAAUCUAUCUAUCAAUCGUCAUUAUAGUUCAUAGAAGUUAUCACAAGUUUGAUAUUUAUUUUAUUUGUUUCUGCUUAUUUAAAACUAUUUUCAUUACAAUUUUGUAUAAUUUAUGCUUUCGUUUGUUUAUUUCAAUCAAAAAUGAUAAUAUUUAUAUUUUCUUUGCCUAUGGAAUUUAUAUUUGGUUUAUCUUUAGUUUGAUUGUAUUUUUAUUUUCAUUUAUUAGUCAAAUAGGUCAUGAUUAUAUUGUUCAAUGAAUCGAGAAGAGCUUCUUAUUUAAUUUUAUUGGUUUUUGUUAAUAUGCUAUUUAAAAUAUGUAAUAAUAAAAUUCUUAAAGAAUGAUAAGAAAUUCGAAUUAUUCGUUAUCAAUUAUGUUUAUUUUUCGAGUAAUAUAUUGGAAAUAGUGUUUAUGGAGUGUGGGUGUAUGUUGGUAUGGUUUUUCUUAUCAACUACACUCACACACCCACAUACCCACAUCCUUGUGUAGUUCAAGAUGUGAAUUUUUCUUGAAUAGCAAAAUAAACGUAGCUUGAUUAUGGUGCAGAAGAAACGAGUGAACUGACGAAGAAUAUGAAUUUGUUUGAUUGUUCAUUCGUUGACUUUUCCAUAUGACAUCUGAGUUAUGAAAAAUCUCUGAUUUUCUAGAGUUUUCAAUGGUGAUAGAUUUAAGCUUCUUUUGAUGUAAUUCUUUAAAAGAGCAUGUCGAAAAAUUGUCGAAAACGGGUAGUGACUCUCGAGAUAGCCAUCUCGUACAACACUUUCUAUUUUGGAUGCAUCUUUUGAUUGAGUGCUCAUUAUGUAGAAUGCAGACACUCUUUACCUCGAUCAUUUUUGAAAACAAGAGAGUUUGAAAUAGAGGUGAAAAACUGAAAUCUUUACUUUAUAAUCUAGUCUUGCGAAGAUGAAUGUUUCGGUGCUUCUACUUUUGGUCGAAAAGGAAAAAUAUCAAAAGAUAAAAAUGGUGAAAAAAUACUUAGAUAAAAGUCGAAUAUAAAAAUGCUGAAUUAGACAAAUGUCGAAAAUAAAUAUGUCGAAGUGAAAAUGAGGUCAAACAUCAAUGUUUUCUUUCGACAUUUUGUAUCGUUCGAUAUUCUUGUUUUUGACAUUCGUAUUUUCGGUAUUUUUAUGUUCCUUAUAUUUACUUUCGAUGUUAGUUAGGAGAAUCAAUGCUUCUCUCAAUUUCGGAUUUCGACGUUAUAAAUGAUUUCGUAAGCACGAAUAAGUUUUUCGAGCUAAGUCAAUGGUAAUGAAUAUGAAGGACGUAGGUUAUUAUGAUUCGAACUUUGAAUUGAUCCUUUCCUUUGUGUUAUGACGAGGUGUUCACAAUAGUGAUGUGUUUUGUUUGAAGAUCCAGUGCUAGAGUCAUUGCUAGUAGAUGGAGGUGAAUUAUUUUCAUUGAAUACAAACGUCGAACUAGAAGAUCUCUUGCGCUCAUCUACGUUAAUUACCAAUAUCAGUUUUGGUACGAACAGUAUGAGGGCGGUAAGAAUGCAAAUCAUGAAUGUACAUAUACCAUAAGCAAUCACUAUCAAAUUUUUUCCACGACCCAUAGUGAGAUCAAUUGCAGAUAAUGUAAUAGAUAGAAAGAGUAAAUUAUAAACUGUAAAUACUACCUGUCUGGCUUCAUUAAAUAAAUCAGGAACUUUUCGAAUUUUGUACGCACAAAUUGUCGUUAAUAACAAUAAAGCAAAACGUGUCGAUAAAACGAAUGGACCGUACACGGUCAGUUGAUAUUUAGAUGUACAAUACUGAUAAUCACUCAUUGAAUCGAAAGGUGACAGUUGAAGAUAAAAAGGAUCACCACGACCCAGACCUGUUAGCAUUGCUGAUGAAAGUAUAAUUAAACCGAAUAGUAUAAUCAAUAAAUAGUUAUCCUUCAAAUAAUGUUUCACAAUAACUUUUGACAUGUGAAAUAUUUUCGAUAAACGAUAUGUUUUCAGCUAAUUAGAAAAUUAAACGAAUUAUUAGCACAAAUUUGUUGACAACAAUCUCAUUCAGCAUAAAAAGAAUGAAAUUUCUAAGGUAGUAGCUGAAUCAGUGAUAUAACCUUAUCAACGUACUUCUUCGGUCUAAAAAGUAACUCCUCCGAAUAUAUCUGUAAUAGAAAGAAUUAUACUUACAGCAACUACCUCAAAACGUUAGUCCUCUAGAAGCAAAUCCUAUUGAAGCUCUCUUGAUAGUGUGUUUUAAGUUGAUCCAAUUAAUGCCUUUAGAACUAAAGUAGGAUAUAGGUAUUUAUGUUUUUUCAGGAUUAUUAGAUUCCAUUAAGCGUAUCGGUUACUAGCCUUAGUCAAAAGCUAUUGGACUGUUCAUCCGUGUUUGGAUUCAAAAAAUCAUCCAUCUGUUUUUUUUUGAUAAAACGAAUUACGCCAUAGAAAAUUAGCAUUUUCAAAAUUUUUCCUUUAACCUUUUCUUGACUUUUUUCCCUUUUUCUAAAAGAAUUUAAAAAGGAAGCGUAAUACAAUAUUAAUUCAUUGAAACUUACAAGUAAUGUCUCAAUGAUCAACCUAUAUCCAAUAUUGGCUAACCAAAGCUCAUUGAUGCAUACUAGAAACGAUUGGCCAUAAUCUUCUAAUGUAUGUGGAAUAAUUGAUAUUGCUAGACUUGUGACAUCCAUUAGCAUCAGAACAAGAAACAUUGAACUGGAUGCUUUUAUUACAAGAUGUUUAUUGAAAUAGCAUGUGAAAGUUAUUAGUGAAAGACAUAGCAUCGUGCAAGCAAUACUUCCUCCAAUCAUGCUCAUUAGAGUUGAGCGAGAGAUUUUGACUACAAGACGAAUCGGCAAAUCCAGUGGUUUUGUCUCAGUACCAUCCGUAUAUAUGAUUUUGAUAUGUGGCAAAUAGCUAACUUGGUCGUCAAUGAUGAUUGAACCAAUUCUAACUAUUUGAUCACGUUGAAAAUUGACAACAUCAAACGGAGCUAGGCGAUCUCUAUUCUGAUCAACGCUUCCGUAAC